AUGCUGCAGCCCUUAGCCACACAUGCAGCAGCAGCAGCAGCAGCGGCAGCAAACGCACGACCGGGGCCAUUCUCCUGGCUGUCUGCAAGGGCAAGAUCGCUGAAGGUAAUAACACUAAAAGCCGCAGCAGCAGCAGCAACCGCAGACGCAACAGCAACAGCAACAUCAGCAGCAACAGCAGCAGCAAAAGUAACAGCAGCAGCAGCAGCAGCAGCAGCAACAGACGCCACAGCGCAGCACAGCAGUCCCUUCACCCAGCCACAACUGCAGCCGCACCUGCAACUGCAACUACCACUCCUGCUGCAUUUCUGCUGGCUGGACCUGGGGGACUUGUACUGCCGCUGCGUUUGCGUCUUUGGAAUUCCUUUUGCUUCCUUGCGGGACCCUCGGGUGCAGCUGAAGCGGCGCUUUUUGAAUGAACAACAUGCAAAAGACCCCAAGGGCCUCUCAGGCAGCGAGUGGUACACCCAGGAAGCAAUCAGAGCUGUCAACCAGGCUGUGGGUCGCGUGUGUCGGCAUAGCAAAGACUUCGGGCUGAUUGUCUUGGCGGACUGCAGGUGGGCAGCAGCAGCUAAACAGCAAAAUGAAAAAGAUUGA